AUGCGCGCGGCGCUUCCAGUCCUGGUAUUGAUGGAGUUUGCUACGACAUUUACCAGCGUUUGCCUUGUCAGCUACUUCUGUCCUCACGGCAAUAUUUACGUACUGUUGAACAUACAAAAUAGUCCCACAGAGUUGGAAGAUGGGUUUGGUUUGACUGAGUCACAAGAAAGGUGCGCGGGACGACCCGGCCAAUUGAAGACCCAUUUGCCUCCAGCAGGCCAUUUACAAGCUGUAUACGGGGGAUUUGGCGCGGCAGCUGCCACGCUGAUUCACAGUGCUCGCCGCAAGCACCGCUCGCUCUACAAAGUGUGGUACGACUUUUGUAAUGCGUUUGGAAGUGUACCUCUUUCGUUAUUAUGGGAUGCCCUGGCUCAAACGGGUGUCCCGGUGGAAUAUAUUGCGAUGUGCCAAGGCCUUAACUCUGGUGCGGCUUUUGUGAUUGGAAAUGCUGAGGAUGGUUCGACGGCGCCGAUUCAACAGCGUGUUGGUGUUUUUCAGGGGUGUCCACUGAGCCCGCACCUGUUCUCCGCGGCAAUCAGCCCCCUAUUGCACGCACUGGAUCGGUUACAGACAUCUUGGGUCCAGCUUUCCAGCGAUGAUCGCCCUAAGUUGACUGUCAUGGCGGCCAGUCCCGCCAAAUGUCGCAGUAUGGGCGUACGGUGCACUGCACACGGCUCCACGGAGUCCGACAACCUCAAUUUGUCUCUCGAUGAUACUCCAAUCCCUACUUUGACGCUUUCGCAGUCGUAUACGUAUUUGGGGAUUGGGGACGGUUUUGAUCAUGCACAACGGAGCUUGGACGUGCUACCACUCCUCAAGUUGCUCAAGCAAGAUGCGACGGCGCUGAUGGAAUCAAUCUGGCGCCCUGGCAAGUGUUGA